CUUACCUUGGUUGUUAUACAAGAGACAUAACAAAGUGCAACUUUUUUUAUGCGGUCCUUGUCCGCCGCAUAAAAAAAUUUUAGUCAAUAUGUUAUGUACAAAGUUGUUUAUUAUAUUCAACGUCAACUUCGUUGCAUGUUAGUCGACCAAAACCAACGAAGAACAGAUAAAGUAGUGAAGAUAUUCCUCAUACUUACACAAAAAUAUGCAAUAAACUGAAAAAAAUAAUAGGAUAAGAAAUAGUUAAAUUUUCGUAGUAACCAGAGAACUUCAUAUCCGAGUAAUCUGCGAAAAUAGAUACAGUGCAAUAGUAAAAGAGAUAUUCUCCAAAAAAGUGAAAGUGAGGAAUCGAGAAAGUUCUUACGACGAAUAUUAUAUGAGUAAAAAAUAGACAAGAAAGAUACACCAGAAAAAAAUAACAUAAAGCAAUGGCACAUUUAGUAUUUCAAUUGUUAAAGUAUUUCGCAGCAUUUAAUUUCAUUUUUAAUAAUUGUACGGCAAAUGAAACGAAAGAAUGGAGGACACAUACAUUGCCAGUUUAUGCAAUGCUAGCAAAUGCAGAACUCUUAAACUCAACUCAAUGUGGCAAGGAACUUACUGAAUUUCGACAAGCCGUUGAUCAGCACAUAUUAUGGAGUUUAAAAGUAAUUGAUGCAAGCGGGGAACCAAGACCAGGAUUCAUUAAUGAAAAUAAUUAUUGGCUGGGUAGCAAAAGUCAAUGCGAAGAUGCAGGAAACAGAGAUCCCUUGCUAUUAUCAGCAGAGAUAUUGAAAAACAAUUCGAAAUAUUAUCAUAACGACAAUGAAUUUCCACCAUUUGAAGUGAAAUUCUUUGUUGCUAAUUUUCGACAUAAUAGCACCUUACAAUAUCACUUUGUAAUACCCGACGAAGAUUUAAUAGUGUUAGGUAUGUGCUUACCAGCAUCCUGUUUGAAGGACCAACUUUCUACUCUUCUAGAAACCGUAUUUAGAAAUAGAACUCUUUUUAAAGGCGAAUUAUAUUCAGCCGACUUUACGUUGGUUGAAGUAAGAGAUCUAAUUGAUGACCAUCGAUGGUUGUUAAGUGGAACAUUCAUUACAAUGGCGUAUACUAACAAAUCUUUUAUUAUUUACCUAGUCCUUCGUUAAAUAUACAAUAUAACUAUAUUUUUUUAUUG